UUGCCGCUGGUGUAAUGUCGACGUUGACACAUAACUAACCUGUCGGAGUUUUACAAAUAUGACCAACCUACCGGAUCGCUGAGGACAGACACGGAUUACUAUAACAGCGGAUAUUGCUUGGUACAGCUGGAUAUUAUUAUGUGUGUAUGUGUUUUUCAGAUAAUUAAACAUGCACAAUAGUUGAAGUUAAGAAGCAUACAUAUUUAAAAGGCAACAACCAGAAACAUGUGUAAAUAAAGAGUCGUGUCCGAUAAUCUAUAUAUUUAAUAUAAAUGAAGUGUAAACAACUACGACAAACAGACCAUUAAAAGCGACAAAGGUUAAUAACACGAUUUAUAUAUUGAAGCUGUCCUUUGUUAUCGUGUUAUCGUGCUACAAUAUACAAAAACAUCCCUUGGGGGAAUAAACAUGAAUUGACAUUUGGAUAGAAUACGCAAAACACAAGCGCAGGUAUAAACAGGUGAUGAAUCGUUCAACAUAUUUAGUUAAGAAAUAGUUAAAUAUUUAUAAAUAAAGAAUCGCGAAAACUAGUUUCUACACGUUUAAGUGCUGUUCCUAUAUACAAGGACAAUGUCGUUGCCUUUUGCAUUUGCAGUGUUUGGGACUUUCUUUAUCAGCGUUAUAUUUUACAUAAAGUCGUUAUUUAAACAGACGUCAGCAAUUCCUCAGCUUCAUUUCAAGGAGUCCGCUUUAGCGUCACAUCUGUUGAAACGGUGCCGUCUAAUGACGCGAAAGUUUGAUCCUCCGUGGUGUGUAAGAAACGCCCACAUUCAGACGAUUAUGCCAUUUUUAAUACCAAGUGCUAAUAUUGAAUUUGAUCGGGAAUAUCUCCAAAUGAAAGACAGAGGCGUGGUUGCGUUGGACUGGGUAACACAUGUUUCUAUUCACAAACGCAAGCGCUGUACAGUGCUUUUAGUUCUUCCUGGACUUACAGCUGACGCCGUUAGUGUUUCACACCUUUGUAGUAUGGCGGCGGAUAAAGGCUACAGACCAAUUGUGUUCAAUCAACGUGGCUUUGGCAAUACUGUCCUUACUACUUCUAAGUUGCUGAGAAACGGCGAUCCAACAGAUCUCAGAGACGUUGUAAAAUUCAUUCACGGACGAUAUCCGAAAGCUUUAGUUACCAUAGUUGGCUUCGGAACCGGCUGUGAACUAUUGUUAUCAUAUCUCGGAGAAUUCGGGUCAUCGGCAAAUGUAUGUGCUGGUGUGUGUAUAUCAGCAUGCUUUGAACGCUCUAAACGUUUUACGAAAAUGACGCAAGGAUUAUAUGACGUGUUAUUUCUUAGCAAAUUGAAACUUAUAUUGUACACACAUUCCAUAUCACUGUCAAAGUAUAUUGAUUUUACGGAACUGCUCAAGUGUUGGACAUUUAAGGAAUUUGAUCACCAUGUUUUUCAUAAAUUUUACAACUUCACAAAUAUUGAAGAAUUCUGGGACAUAUUUCAUCCUUUAAGAGAUGUAGAUGAAAUUGCAGUGCCGCUAUUAUUUGUUAAUAGUCUGGACGACCCGUUCUAUUCCAAAUGUAAAAUUCCAUAUGAGCUGUGCAAGUAUUAUCCACAGUUUCUAAUGGUUGUGACGAAUAAUGGAGGGCAUUGUGGAUUCAGGGACGCGCUCACUGAUGAAAGUUGGGCCGACAGGCUAGCGCUAGACUAUAUCGAUUCUGUGCUAGAAUUUACCAAUCAGGGACAUACAAUUAAGUAUGGCAAAUGUGCGAAACGAUCCACAAUAUAAAAACACGCAUUACAUUUUGAUAAAAUACUGUCCCAUCCUUCUAUGUUUAAUGG